GCACUUACCUCUCAAUUCAUACCGUCUUUUCAACAAACACUUCCCAUAAUCGACACUCUGAAAAUUUUCAUUCACAUCUACAUGAAUCUCCCACAUUUCUAUCUUUAUGUCAUUUAACCUUUGCAUUCUCACUCUCUUUUACUCUUUGGCUUGUCAUCAAGGAUAUCCCCACGAGUUAAAACUGCAAAUUUAAUCAAUAAGCUCAACAUGUUUGAUUAUUUGUCUCUGAGAAGAGUUUGGUACAAACAAUGUUCAUUUUUGUGGUCACAGAGUAGAUUAAUGACCAGCAGUAAGCGUGUCCAAGAUCGAAGCAAGAAUAAGAGAGUCCGUGGGCUUGAGAUCGCCACCGAGAAGUGGAAAAUAUUCACCAAAGUGAAGAUUUUAAUGGAUAUUUUAAAGCAAGAACCUGAAAUGGUAAUACCCGUUAGAUCGUUAAAUGAAUAUAGGAGGCAAAUUAAUCUGCCUAAACCUCAUAAAAUAUCAGAUUUUAUUAGAAAGACACCAAAGCUCUUUGAAGUGUAUAAGGAUCAAAAUGGGGUGUUAUGGUGUGGAAUGACUAAAGUAGCUGAAGACUUGCUUGAAGAAGAAGAGAGGUUACUUGAUGAACACUCAGACAAAGCUGCAGAGAAUGUCACAAGGUUUCUAAUGAUGUCAGUUGAUAAACGUUUGCCGUUGGACAAGAUUGCACAUUUUAGAAGAGACUUUGGCUUGUCACUUGAUUUUAGAGCUGAAUGGGUUCAUAGGUACCCUCAACUUUUUAAAGUGAUUAAGUCUAAGACUGAACCUGAAGUUGAGUAUUUGGAACUCGCAAAUUGGAAUCCUAAAUGGGCUAUCACGGAGUUGGAGAAGAAGGUGUUGGGGCUAAGUGAGGGUGGUGGUGAUCAUACACCGGGAAUGCUUUCUUUGCCGUUUCCUUUGAAGUUUCCUCCCGAGUACAAGAAAGUUUAUAGAUAUGGAGGUAAGAUUGAGCAUUUUCAGAAAAGGGCUUAUUUGUCUCCAUAUGCAGAUGCCAGAGAGCUCAAAGCUGGGUCGUUGGAAUUUGAUAAGAGGGCAGUUGCGGUAAUGCAUGAGCUGCUUAGCUUUACCAUCGAGAAGAAGUUGGUGACGGAUCACCUCACUCAUUUUCGAAGGGAACUUGUUAUGCCACAGAAGUUAAUGAGACUUCUACUGAAGCAUUUUGGAAUUUUUUAUGUGUCGGAAAGGGGAAAGAGAUUUAGUGUGUUCUUGACAGAAGCUUAUGAAGGUUCAGAGUUGAUUGAGAAGGGCCCAUUAGUUCUUUGGAAGGAAAAAGUCCAAAGCCUUAUAGGUUACAGAGGAAGGAAGAAGAAGAUUGAAACUUUUAGUGACCAAUCUGACAUGGAGGAUGAGGAUUUGUUUGGGAGUGAUUCUGAGAAUGGCAGCAUAAGUACGCAGUUUGAGCAAGAGGAGACCAUGGGAGAUUUAGAAGAUGCUUUACUUUCAGAUGAUGAUGAGAUGGAGGUUGGGGAAGUUUGCAGUGGAUAUAAGGAUGCUAAUACAACUUGAGGUCAUCAAUUUUUUCUUUGUAAUUAGUUUCUAAACUUAAUUUAGCAGUGAAACGUCAUAAAUUUGUUAAUAAAGUUCUCUGUGCCUUAUCCCUUUAUA